AUGAGAUUGCUAAAGUUCGCCGACGUCGAACUGAGCGUGGACCGCGGUCCAAAAACGGUAUCUACUCACGCCCCGGACGCUGCAGAACGAGUUGUGUCUGACUGUCUAGACCAGGCUGCCAGCUGCGUCCGCCUCCAACUAGAGUGUGAAUGGCCCCCCCAGCCGCCCUCCCUAUCUUCAAGAAGACGGGGCAUCGGCCCUAUCAAGACACGAGAUGCCUGGGCUCCUCAAACAAUUCUUCCCAAAUCACUCAGUGGAAGUAACUUGAGCCGCUUUCCCCAGGUUGGUGAGAGAAGCGGUGGCGAACUUACAUCGCCAGUAUCUCUAGGCAACGCCCAGGAUCAUUAUCGCCGAAACGUGCAAUUCAGUACGGUCGACCUACCUUCGCCUGAUUUAACUGAAGGUGACACAAGUCAACUAAUUGGCUCAGAGUCGCCCAUAAAUACGGCUGUAAAUGAUCAAUAUGCGGAAUUUCCAAUCUUGUUUCCUCUACAGUCGUUCUCAUCACACCAUUUCCUAGCCGGUGCGGGAGCUGUCUUAUUUGCCAGCGACAGAGCGGUCGAUCAUGCUCCUUCACUCGGAAGCAAUGAUUCACAGGCCAUACUGUUCCAUCGCACUGUGUUCGCGCCCCUCAAGUCCACCCGAAAAGCAACUUCAUCGGCACACUGUCUGUUCCUUGACCUCGCACUACAAAAUGCCAUGUCUCUUCAUUUCCUUCUCGCUGUUUCUCAUAACGAGCUGGCUUUACACCUGGGCUUUUACAGGCAGCCACCCCAGGAGGCAUGGGUUCAUCUACAACACGGCUCGAGGAUCUUUCUACAAGCACUCAACCCUUUGGCUCCAUUAAACCAUGUAGGCACUAUGCUGUCUUUCUUAUAUAUGUACAUGUUCUGGAUGCGCCACAAUCCCCUCAAUACACGAAAGCUACAGGAUCUGAGUGCUUCAGUUCUAAAUUAUGUCAAGAAUUACAAUCUGGAUGAGCUAUGCGCAGAUUCCAGCCCCUCGGUGCCCGAUGCUGUGCUCCUUUCACGGAUUCUCACGUAUCUCUACGAUCGAGACGGAUUUUGUGGCUUCUUCGGCUGCGGAGGCUCUUUUGCUAGCUACGUCAGUGAGAAUGUUGAGAAACGGCAGAGGAUCUGGCACUUGUCGAGGUCCAUUUUCACAUUCUCAGACGAGCAAACCAUUUCACUACGCAUGCCAGGCAUUCAAGGUCCCCCCAAGUCCUAUAUUUUGAACGUUUACUUUGAAUUGAUCGCCAUUCAUCAUGACAUCAACCAAUAUAGUCAGGCUGCUGAAUUUCAGACAUUGGAAGCAGUGAGAAAAAUUAAACGUAAUCUUGCCUGGAUACAAGAGGUAAGUUUCGACCUGUCACUUCGGAUUCUCAUCCCUAAUCUCAUCCAGCAACACAAAUUUCUACGGCAUCUUAUUGCGAGUUGUAGAAGAGAAAUGUCUUCGCCCCCUCUCAUGGCCCUGGUGACCGUCACAUUCUUCUAUGCCAUCCAAGUAUACUUCCAUCGCAGUCGUGACUUACAUUUCGGCCAAUUCCCCGUCACAGCCGAAUUCCACUGUACCCUGUCCGAGCUUAUUGCUGCAGCAUACUACACUGUUGCGACAGGGCCGGUACAACUCCUCGAGCGGUUUCAAUGGUCUCUUCUCAUAGCUGGAAUUGAGACCUUCGACCCAAUCCAUCUAAACUGGAUUUCAGCCACGAUUUCGGAUCCUGUCUUGAGAAACAUACUUUCUUUAGUCAAGGAGACCCAAAGGUUACACAGCGUCUCAAUGGAGGAAAUCAGACAUAUCAUCCGCACAGUGUCCCACGGUGAUCUCGGAAGCAACCUUGAAACUCCUGUAAUCUAG